GAAGAGGAGGAGGAGGAGGAGGGAUGGAUGACUCACAAUGUUAUGAUGCGGUUCCACAACACACCGCCACAUUCGGCUACAGACGGUGCACAAAAACAGCCCUCGGGUUGCUCUGAACCUGCUGCUGUCCCCUUGCUACGACCCCGCGCGGAGCCUCAGCUGGAACAGGCAGGGCCGGAGAAGAGUCCCCCGGGAAGCAGGUUUCAAGGUGCCUCCCCUUUCGGUCUGGUUCUCAUCUGGGGGGGCCCUGGCAGUGCAGCCCCCCCAAACUUCACUUUGUUGAAAAACGGCUCUAGCCAACCUGCUUCGCUGCUUCACUUGUGAUCGCUUAUGUGGGGGCUGCACAGCGCCGGCUCCCCCACCUCGACAAGGCAUCGCUCUCCAGCCUGUCAUGCCCAGCUGUGAGCCAGUGCCACCAGCUGCCUGUCUCCCUACCAAAACUUUCCGCAGUUACCUGCCCCGGUGCCACCGGACUUACAGCUGUGUCCACUGCAGGGCACACUUGGCCAAACAUGAUGAGCUCAUCUCCAAGUCCUUCCAGGGAAGUCAUGGUCGCGCCUAUCUUUUCAAUUCUGUGGUUAAUGUGGGCUGUGGCCCAGCAGAGCAACGUCUUCUGCUUACUGGUCUCCAUUCAGUUGCUGAUAUAUUUUGUGAAAGCUGCAAGACUACACUGGGAUGGAAAUAUGAACAAGCCUUCGAGACCAGCCAGAAGUACAAAGAAGGGAAGUACAUCAUUGAGAUGUCACAUAUGGUGAAGGACAAUGGCUGGGACUGAGAAGGAAGUCUGGGUUCAUACCCUCCUGCAUAGCAUGCCGUGCCCUUUCGUAACCCCAUUGACACAAGUGGCUCCCCAGCACAACCAACCCAGCUACCCUUCCAUCAAUCUCCUGCACAGCAUCAUCCAGGGGAAUGGAGCUUCCGGGAUCUUCCUUCCAAAGCCUCUUUCUGAAAUGCUGGACUCACUGUUUGGAGGACUCUACCUGUCCCCUAGAGCAGAAGAGGAAACAUGCAGGUGGUAGAGUGGGAGACUAAUGUGGGAGAUUUUGGAUUGGUCUCUCCUUGGCCUGUGUAGGUUAUGUUACAUCCCGUUAGCACUUGUCAGCAUAACACUCUGGCAUCCAGAACCGAGAACCUGGAAUCAGGUGUGAACUUGGCAGUCCA